AGGACCUGACCGUACAAGCAAAGCGGAAAGAAAAUGGCGGCCGUGGCUGCGGAGCCAGGAGCUGCUGCGGCAUCAACAACAACAGCGGGGAACAGUGGUGAUUUCGAACCGGAACCGGUGCCGGAGGCCAAAAUCGACUUCGAUGCGACGCAGGAGUACGCACCAGUAAUGGACCAUGUUCACCAACUCAAGGAUGGGGAUGCAGUUCAGGAAUGCAACCAGGUCCAAAUGGAGCUAGUGAGCAGGCCAGACCUAGAAGCAGCGGGAAAAGCCCUCGCUGCUAGUGCAGAGGAUGAACAGAUCGAUGCAGGCUGUCUUGGGGUCGGUGUAGAAAAAACGGAGAACCAUGCUCUCGAGGGCUUUGGUUCCAAAUACACCAUGUCUCGAGCGGAACGUUUGAAACAGUUUUUUUCGCCGAAUGUUGAACCUGCAAACGAGGUCAGUAAGCACGAGCCCUACGCCUGCCUUCAGAAUAGCCCCAUCUCCGAUUCACAGCCAUCGGUGGUCUUUUUGCAUUCGUUCCCUGCGCAACCUGUGGCUACGGAGGCUGGGCUGUCGUUAGCAGAACCAGCAGAACCCAUUAUAGAUUACGAUAAGAACCCAGAAUUAACCCAAUCUACUAAUAUCGAGUGUGACUAUAGAGCUUUAAUUAAAUCGUCUCACGAGGCUGAACUGGAUCCCGAACCCGCAGAUGAAUUUCCUUCUGUCUCCGAGUACAAGAAUGACGACCCCUCAGAAGCUGCUUCGCUUGAACGUCCCCAGUCCAUAGACCACGUCGACUUUCUACCAAUUCUAGAGAGGGAACCAGUCCUCGGGACACCCGUGGAGGCUGGUUACAUGUGUGACUUUUCGAGCAUAACAACCCAGAACAUUCCGAGACCCGAGGUUCCUCUAAUGCCAGUGGACCAGGUACCCUCCUCGGCAGAACUUGGAGACUCGUGCUCACCACAGAGGUUCGAAACGAAUUUCGAUGAAAGCGAUCCAGUAUCGAAACCCUCUCCCCCUGUGUCUGGUGCUGAAACUGAAGAGCUACAGCCUGAGUCUGUGCACAACCUGAUACCUGGGUCUGAGGUUCGAGUAUCUCUGGAUCACAUAAUCGACGACGCACUGGUGGUGUCCUUUCAGUUAGGCAAGAAAAUCUUCUCCGGGGUUCUGAUGGACCUAUCUAAAAGGUUUGGACCCUAUGGAAUUCCAAUCACUCUGUUCCCGGAGAGAGAAUACAAGGAGAAACCCGAAUCUAUGCAGCUAAAGACGGAACAACACCAGCCAGAGACCGAGAAUGUGGAAACGCCAGUCCAGGAAAACACCGAUGGCCAAGUCGCCACAGUGCCCGAACCGAACCCUGACCCCCAGCCUAACCCAUGGACUUCAAAACCUCCCCCACUGUUUCAGGAAGGCGCCCCUUACCCUCCCCCUUUGUUCAUCAGGGACACCUACAACCAGUCGAUACCUCAGCCGCCUCCCCGCAAGAUCAGGCGGCCCAAGCGCAGGCUGUACCGCGAGGAGCCCACCUCCAUCAUGAACGCCAUCAAGUUGCGGCCCCGUCAGGUGCUCUGUGACAAGUGCAAGGGCGCUGUCACGACAGUGGACAAGAGGGAGCCACGCAGAGGCCCCGUGUCGGACUCUAGGAGCGAGGAUGCCAAGCGGAGACGCAACGACAGCGCUGUCAGCAAGCGGCCGCGCAAUGACCCCCGCUCAGAGGAGAAGAGCCGUGCUGCUGAGGUGGCCAAACGGCAGGUCUCCUCUUCUUCCUCCUCUCUGGGCCAGGUGAAGGGCGGAGCUGGAGGGAACAGGGUUCUGAGGGCGACCUCCACCACAACAUCAUCACCGGUGAACAGCGGCUCCAGAGUCCAGCUCAAUGCCAAGAAAGUGCUGCAGAGCAAAAAUGUUGAUCACUCCAAGGCCCGCGAGGUGCUGAAACUGGCCAAGGCACAGAAGAGGCAGAGAGAGACUACGGUAGUCACUGACAGCAGUGGCAACGCCAAGACGAUGACGAGGGCAGCCGCCCUGCAGGAGGCCCACGCACACCAGAAGGUCCACUUCACCCGGCGGCUGCAGCAGAUCAGCGGGGUGGGACCAAGCAGCGCCACCCCUCUGCCACCCAGGAUGCGCAUCAAGCCCCAAAGGUACCGUAAUGAAGAGAACGACUCUUCUACAUGUAAGCCGCCUUGCCUGGAGAAAGUGCCGGGAAGUGGCUGUUUGUCCCCUCCAAAGCCAGACGCGCCCCACUGCACCGCCACAUGCUCCUCCUCCUCCUCCUCCUCCUCCUGCUCCACAGGCCAGGCCGCUGCUGCUGAAAGCCAGGGCCCAGAUAACGGGCCAGAACCUGAGGUUUGUCCUCAGCCCCAAGUGGAGCCCCCCACAGCCACGGAGCACGGUGACCCCAAGGCGGAGCCGGAGGAGCAGAGGGGGCAGGAGGAGAGGCGGGAGACGCGUGGCAGCAAGGCUGGCAACCUUGUCGUUUUCAUGAACCUUAACCCCGGCCAGCCGGACUCCUCUAAUACCUCUAUGUGCAGCGUUGAUAGUGCAGACGACUUAAAGUCCUCGGACUCAGAGUGUAGCUCUACGGAGAGCUUUAACUUUCCCCCUCCCGGUCGCCCCUCGCCCCCCGUCCCCGGCACGUCCUCUGCGGUCGCUGACCUGUCGCCUGCCCCUACGGAAGAGAAAAAGCCCUGUAAAUCUCAGAAAGUGUUUUCUAAAAAUGUGUCUAAGUGUGUCUCUCUGGAGGGCAGGACCAUUUGCGUAGGGGACAUUGUUUGGGCCAAAAUAUAUGGUUUUCCCUGGUGGCCAGCCCGCGUCUUAGGCAUCCAGAUCAGUCGUAAAGAUAAUGGGCUCUUAGUCAGGCAGGAGGCCCGUGUCGCCUGGUUCGGAUCACCCACCACCUCCUUCCUGGCUCUUGCACAGGUCGCCCCUUUUCUAGAAAGCUUCCAGUCACGCUUUGACAAGAAGAGAAAGGGCUUGUACCGUAAAGCCAUCACAGAGGCAGCCAAGGCUGCCAAGCAGCUCACUCCUGAGGUUCGCGCCUUGCUUACACAAUUCGAGACGUGAGGUGGUGUGCUUUGGGGGAAAAGGAAAGCGCUGCAACGCUGAAGGGCUGCUGACGGGCCUUGACUCCUAAACACCGCCAUUGGUUGCAAGACUGUCGAACGGAAGGACGUGUCCAGAAUUGAUGGAGACAUGUCAUGGACACAAUUAUUUUUUAUUUAAGUAUCGGAAAGAAGGAACAUUUAUAUAUUUAUAAUGGAAAGCAGACCUAUUCCUCCAGGCCUAUCCAUCUGAUUUGUUUUGAGCAGGGCGUCCAUUUCCUCAAGAAUGUGAUCUUCGUUUGAGUGGAGACUUCUGCAGUAGACAAGCACACGUGGGUUCUCCGACUGUUAUUGGUAUCCAUUACAGACGUUGUGACAGGACUUUGCAGGGUUUUAUAGUAGGUUGAUCAGUGUAUCCGUAUCUGAAAUGCAAAGACAGAGCUUUGGGCCAGUAACAGGUCGCUUGUUCGAACCUCGAGGCGACUAGGUGAAACAUCUUAUCGAUGUGCCCUUGAGCAAGGCACUUAACCCGACAAAUUGCUUCUGUAGGUCGCUCUGGAUAAAAGCGUCUGCUAAAUGACUCAAAUGUAAAUGUAAAAAAUAAAAAGAAAUAAAAACAAUACUAUGUAAAAUAAAAUCAAAAAUGUAGUGCAAUAAAGAUUGCAUGUGCUAUGCUAUUGCAGUGCAGUCUCAGAAAAAUGGGUUUUUGUUGUGCGGGAAAAAUGAUCUUGGUGUCUGUUUCUGCCACAACCAUAAAUUGGCUCCUGUUAUUCCACAGUGAGCUACAAGCAGCCUCAGGGCUCGAUUCAAUCCGUAUAGCUGAAGUCCAGCAUUUUAUAACGCGAUUUAACAUUUAGUUAAACGCUGGAACAUUGCUUUUACAUUUCGAUCACGCUCGUAGCGCAGCUCUUCACGGAUCGAAUUAAGCCCUGCUGAACACCUCCAAAUGUCUAGAAUGUUCCUGGGGAGCUGGAGUCUUGCAGUACUUGAGGUGUGUCGUCUACAGUUGACAGUCAAAUACAGGAAAACAAAGAUGGGCCUCUGUCACACUCCUCCGCUCAGUGUCACACUGUCUUUCACCCUUCCCUUGGUUCUCUCCCCUUUAUCCAGCUCAAAGAGGUUAUGACAUUAAAAUGAGCCAAUUUAAGAUUUACAAGUCUUUUUCCUUGCCAGCUGUCCCUCCUCACUCUCUUUCUCUAGGGUCAAACCAACCUACAUACAGUAUUCAUCUCUUCCCCCCCCCCUUCCCCCCUCACAUCAAGACACAUAGGGCCAGUUGACUUGACCCCGGAGGCCAUAUUGGGGAUUCCAAAAGGGAAACGUUCAGUCAGUCAGUCAGCAGCUGAAGAGACUGAAUCAGAUGUGGCUCAUCUCUUCUUUCUCGUGUACAUAUAUAUGCGUUUCAAUACAAUCAAAGAGUUUACUUGACUAAACUCACGACUGACUGGUGGUUGUGGGACAUCCUGUUAGUAAUGUAUCCGUAUCUAAAAAAAUCAGUCAAUUUGCUGUUUGCCUUUGUACUUGGUGUGUGAGUAUUUUAUUCUAUAUUGUACUUCGCCAUCCUCUGAAUAGUUAAGUCAAAUAAAGGCCUACAAAGUAAUUCAUCUUUCAAUACAAUUUAACAACUACACUAUGGCCCUGUACACACAGAGGCUGUACAACCCAUUUGGCAAAAUGUGAUACUGCAUAUAUUCUUGAGAAGUUGUGAAAUUUGUCGUACAUCAAUUGUGUAACCUGAGUGUUUUACAGGCCGAUGACACUUUCAUUCCUCAACAUCCUAAUGUCAAAGAAGUGGCAAAUGAAAUCGCUCCAUAAAAAUACAAUUUAAAAAAAGACAACGCAGCAAAGUACCAGUCACGGAUCAUUUAAUGGCCCUUUCAGAUUGCCCACCAUCUCUCACACACAAUCUUAUUUAACCAUGAAAGACUUGUCUUUUACAUUUCCAAAUGGAUCCCACUCUGACACACCAGUGGAGGGUCCUGACUGUCCGUCUCUUAGCUCUGAGGAUGGGUGGCCAAGCCAGGUGUGACGACGGCUCUCAGACAGGCUCCUCAUGCUGUGAUCUGUUGUUGUUGUUAGGAUUCUGAACAAAGUUGACAGAGUAGGAUCCAGUGCCCGAAUCCUGGUUUACCUGGAAGUUUGAUGUGGACAGACCAAAUGGCCGCAGGAACAUAUUGCCCAAGUCCUUCAGUUUGCCUAAUGACAGAUAGAUAGGGAGAGACAUUAAAAAGCUAAAUAAUGACAAAAACCAUGAUGAAAAACAAAAAUGACCAAUAACACAUGAAAACAUUGAAUUGAAGUCAGUAUUUUUCUAUUGACAAUUGAAUAUGAGAUGAUAUUCCAAUACACUGUAUGCUUAGCUGUGUUCUACUCUACAAACACUGUACUUUAGGAGUGAGCUGUUUUCCCCAGCACAGCUCCAAGGGGCGGCAGGGUAGCCUAGUGGUUAGAGCAUUGGACUAGUAACCUGAAGGUUGCAAGUUCAAACCCCCAAGCUGACAAGGUACUGUCAUUCUGCCCCUGAACAGGCAGUUAA